UUAACUGGUUGCAGUCCUGCGCGGACGCAAUGUAUUUCGCAAAGCGGGUGCACGCUUGACUAUAGUGCCGUUUCGACGUCUAAGUGAAUCGCACGUGGCGAGGUAGUGCAAUAUUGGUUAAACGAGAUCGAUGGAUUAACUUUUCAAUAAAAAAAAAAUCGAAUAGAAAUAACAAAAUGGGACACUGCGAGAAAAAAGGCACUAUAAUUCUGGACAAUUUCAAUUCGACUUCCAACCUCACAUCCAACCCUGGUUUCCAGUCGACGUUAACUUUGGGAUCAAAAGAUGCUAUUAACGAAAAGGCUUAUAAUCCCUUUGAGCACAGAAAAGUCGAACAUCCAAAUUCGACAAUUGGUUCCCUGGCUCACCUUUUGAAAUCCUCACUCGGCUCGGGGAUCUUGGCAAUGCCGGCUGCCUUCAGGAAUGCUGGAUUGGCUGGCGGGGCCUUUGGAACGAUUGUCGUUGGAUUUAUUUGCACGCAUUGCGUAUAUGUACUCGUGAAAACAUCACAAGAAGUAUGUGUAGAAGCAAAGAAGCCGUCAAUGGGUUUUGCGGAGACUUGUGGAGCAGCCUUCGAGUUUGGCCCUAAAAGAUUGAGACCGUGGGCGAACUUUGUUCGAAUCUUUAUUGACUGGGCUUUGACAUGUACAUAUUUAGCCGCACUCAGUGUUUAUAUCGUAUUUAUCGCAGAAAAUUUUAAAGAGGUUCUCGACGCUUACGUACCGGAAUACAAGUUGUCUGUGGAAACUUACUGCGCUCUUACUCUAUUACCUCUGGUGCUUAUCUGUCAAAUUCGCAAUUUAAAGUGGCUGGUACCUUUCUCUGCUAUCGCCAAUGUUUUUCUCGUCAUCUGUUUCGCGAUAACUAUGUACUAUAUAUUUACCGAUUUACCCAGCCCCGUGGAAAGGGAAAUGAUUGCUAGUGUUUCUCAAUGGCCAUUGUUUAUAAGCACAGUGAUCUUCGCAAUGGAAGGCAUCGGUGUCGUGAUGCCAGUUGAAAAUGAGAUGGCUAAACCAGAACAAUUCCUGGGAUGCCCUGGUGUCCUCAAUGUAGCUAUGACAGUCGUGAUCGGCUUGUAUGGUAUUGUUGGAUUCUUUGGAUACAUGAAGUUUGGUGAUGAAGUGAGGGGAAGUGUCACUUUGAAUUUACCUCAGGAUGAAAUGCUGGCGCAAAGCGCGAAAAUUCUUAUGGCGUUGGCCAUUCUGUUUACAUACAGCUUGCAGUUCUACGUACCUAUGGAAAUGAUAUGGCGGCAACUCCAUCAUAAAAUUGCUGUCAAAUUCCAUAACAUCACACAGAUUAGUAUACGCACUGCUUGCGUCAUUGGAUCAGUCGCUCUCGCCGCAGCAUUCCCAGAUCUAGAAUUAUUCAUCAACCUAUGUGGAGCCAUCUUCCUCUCAACACUCGGUCUUUUAACACCAGCCAUCGUAGACACUGUUCAUAAAUGGGAGCGUGGACUAGGUAUCUUUAAAUGGAUUCUUAUAAAGAACAUUGGCAUCGCUUUACUUUCACUGGUGGCAUUGUUCGCCGGGUCAUACUCUUCAAUCCAUGCUAUGGUGGUAAAGUUCAGUACUGUAGAAGCGAUGAACGUAACAACUAGUUUUAAUGACACUUUGACGGUAUAAGAUACAUUGUAUACAUAUUUUUUAAAACAGGUGUAAUUAUUGUCUAUAAUAAUCUUAUAAUACAGCCGUAGAGAGUCGUUAAUUGAAUUAUUACUAAUUUUAUCAUAAUUAAGAUUAACUAAAUGCCCGUUUACCUGAUUCAAGGAAACAGUUCAGUGAGUGAUCUUUGAAAUUAAUACCUGUGUACUGUAUAUUUAAACGACGUAAGAAUAUAUAAAAAAAUAAGACUCUUGUAUGGCUGUAUGUUACAUAAGUAAACGUUAAUUUAUAAAACGUUAAUAUUAUAUAUGUUUCAAAAGUACAAAAUAUUUGCCAAGUUUAACAUCCGAAAUAGCCUUAAUGAGUUAUGUUGUCUAAGUACAGAUUGACUGCUAAUAUUAAAAUGCUAAUUAUUUUAAGAUUUUUACUAUGUAGGCUGUAUAGACUAAAAAUUGGUGCUAAGCCAGAAUCUCGCAAACAUGCACUGCAUAAAGUACAUUAAGCCUCUUUUUGCUUGACUUAUUUGUAAAUAGAACAAAUUGAUAAAAUAUAUGCAGCCCACCAAAUUUCAUUAUUCAUUUAGGAGUUGUCUCAAUGGAUGGACAGUAUUAAAUUAAAUAUUUUACGUGGAAUAUAAAAUAUAAUUUAAAACAUAUUAUUCAUUAAGCCCAUGAUACGGUAAAACCGGAAGGUUCAUAUGUAAUAAUAGAAAAUAUAUUAUAAAUUAGAUUUAGAAGAAAAUCAUAAAAUUCGAUUUGCUGGAUUAAGAUAUUGUGAUGCAUUUGUGAUUAAAAAUUGAAAUUGAAACAUUUUCUUUAACUAAUAUUUAAUUUAGAUUGAAAAUUAAAAUUUAUUAUAAUCAAAUGUUUUCCGAAUGAAUGUAUAAUUUUAUCAAUAGAGUAUACUGCCAUAAUAAUAGAAAGUAAUUAAUAUUCAUUGACAGUACAGUUGAUAUUACGAUGACAUAAUAAAAAUAAUAUUUUAUUUAAAUUAAUAAACCGGCUGUGUUAACAAAAAACUUAUUAAAUAUAACUCUUUCUCAAUAAUUGAAUGGUUUGAAAUCUGGUGAACACUCGCUACAGAAAGAAGUUUAGAAAAUAGUAUAGUAUAUAUUAUUAUAGCAUAUAUCUUCCUCCGCAACAGAUGAGGGUUAAAAUUCAACGUCACUUGACAGUGGUACUACACAUAUAUAUAUAAAAUAUUUUGCACCAGUUCGACAACUGUUGCAUAUUAAUCCGUUUCAUUUUGUUCGCUAGGACUGAUGCUUUACUUAAUAUAUAUUGAUGUAAGCGCCUUAUCGCAAUGCACAGGUUAACUGUAAUGCAAGUCUAUUAAAACUCGUAAAUUAUUGACAAAUGUUGCUUGACUUAGAUUACUCAAAGGCUUCUUUAUUCCUAUAAAAGUAUCACCAGAUUUCAAACCAUCACGGCCAUAUAUCUACUAUUACAAAAUAAUGGUAUGGCGUCGUAGCUCGGGUCGUUAUAAAAACAUAUAUAUUUAAUAGUUAAUUUUUGGGAAAUAAACUUUUAUGUUAUAAUCUGUAUUUACCUGGCUAAUUAAUUCUAACUAUAGAUUGUAAAUACAUACAUACAGUACAACUGUGUAAAUUCCUAGCAAUACAAUUGGACAAACAAAAUGAAAAAUUUAAAUAUUGGACUCUUUAAUUAGUUUAUAUUUAAGUUAUACGAGAAUCAAUUGAUGACAAUCGAAAUAUGACCAUUGUGUAAUUAAACUUUUCUAUAAAAGCGAUGACUUCGAUAUUGCAUGACUUAAGAUAAUUAUAGAUGUUUUAAAUAUGUAAAGAACUUAAAUAGCCUAUGUAUUGGCUAUAUCCGGUGUCACUGCAACAAAUAGCCGUUUUUAAUUUAUUAUUAUUUUUAUUUUAUAUACCCAACCUAUAAUGUAGCUGAACCGUGUUACUUUAAUUAAUUACGAUAUUCUGUUGUAUAUUUUAGUUAUUUUACUAUGAGUUGUGCGGAAUGUGAUAUUUAAUGUAGAAAUAGAAAUUAAUAUAAUUUUUAAGUAAUAAAAUGCAAUACGAUAUAAGUGCCUUUUAAUUCGAAU